UAUAUUGAGGAAAAGUCCAAAAAGCAUGGGUGCGUGAGAACCGGCAGUCUUUUUUUUCUCAAUUGGGGAAAAUGUUGUCAAACUUUCUCUAUGGCACCGACUCCAGAGGAAAAGAACAGGAAAGAAGAAGAAGAAGAAAGAAGAAAGGAGCGAUGUCUCUUGAUUCUGUUUCAGAAGAAGAAGAAGAAGAAGAAGAAGAAGAAGAAGAAGAAGAAGAAGAGGGUGGAGAAGAAGAAGACGACGACGAAGAAGAAGAAGAAGAAGAAGAAGAAGAAGAAGAAGAAGAAGAAGAAGAAGAAGAAGAAGAAGAAGACGACGACGACGAAGACGAAGAAGAAGAAGAAGACGACGACGACGAAGAAGAAGAAGAAGAAGAAGAAGAAGAACAUCAACAACAAAGAAAACAUGCUUGUGAUUCUUCAAGAGUUUUUUAUGCUAGUGACACACUUGAUGACUGUGGCAGCGAGGUGCUCUGACCAUCUUCCUCUUUUGCGCUUUGCGUCCCCUCCUCGUCUGUCGUGCAGAGCUUAUCAGCUCGGCUGCCUCUUCAGUUUCACAUUCGGCGUUUUGCCGACGUCGUGGUGGACACCUCGUCGUCUUCACCCGGUUGCUGCAUUGACGUGUCAUAAUCGUCAUUGGCUGUUAUCGCAGCUGUGUCUUCUGUCGGUCUACAGCUGUCCACUGCUUUGGCCUGCUUCAGGAAUACCUCCGCAGUUCACUCGUCGUUGUUCUCUAGCAGCCGUUGAUCUGAUUGCAAACAGCCGUUCAAGUCCAGACAUCAUAUCGACAGUCUCUGUUUGGAUUUUGGUUUUCAUCUCGGUGAAUUUUCUUUUUUGGCAAUUUUGCAUUUUCACAGCAUUUGUCGUUCUCCACAAACGUCAGUACGUUCUUUCAUCGUCUGGCAGGCACCACCCACAUCCCCCAAUGCCUCCCGUCCUUCCGGGUGUGGAAUCAUUGGGCAUCUACCCAUGGACGUCAAACGAAGUUGCUGGCAUCGUCGUCGGCGUGCUCUUGGCGGCCUCCGCGUUGAACGCCAAUCGAAUCGACUCGUUUGUGGCAAGGUCCCAACGCAGGGCGCUUGGCCUAUGUGAAGGUUGUGGAGGCUCCGGCUCUUUACCCUGCAGGAAGUGUAGGGGAGGAACGAGGAGGAAUCGGGGAGGGGUUGCAUCAGUCUUGCCAUCUUCCAGGUCAAGUAAUGACUGUCCCGCGUGCAGCGGAAAGGGCCGCGUUCCCUGCCAAGCGUGCAAUGGGCGGAAAGGGGUUGUUGUCGAUGGCAGCGGCGACGAUAAGAGCAGUCAGCGGAAGGAGAGAUUGGCAGAGAGAAGUGGCCUUGCCACUCCCGGGGGCAAGCGUUCCUUUUCACGUCUUGCCACAGCAAGGAUCGUUGGUGGCAUUGCAACGUCAUCGUCCGCAUUUACCGAACGCAUUGCAAUGAUGUCAGACGGCACGGGAAAAGGUAGUUCGAACUUUGGAGUGAAAAGAUGAUUUUGUCAGCAAACUUUGGAGUCGAAAAAAAGAAUAUGUUUGCAAGCCACAGCGGAUGUCGUUCCUUUAGAAGAAAAUCUGAAGAAGCGCAGACAACGUAGCUCUGCUGCCAGAGGCGAAAGCAGUCCCUACAAAUACAGAGAGAAGAAACAAAGCAGUCCCUACAAAUACAGAGAGAAGAAACAUAGUUCCCUCUCUGCUCUGAGAAGAGAAAGUAGUUUACAGAUGCAGAGGGAAAAAACAAAAUUAGUUCAGUUUAGAAAUGCAGAAGUCUCUACAAAUACCGAGAAAAGAAACAUAGUCCCCUCUCUGCUCUGAGAGGAGAAAGUAGUUUACAGAUGCAGAGGGAAAAAAAAACAAGGCAGUUCAGUUUCGAAAUGCAGAAGAAAAAAAAAACAAGUAUUUCAGUCUACAAACAAAUACCGAGGGAAAAAAAAAAGAAGAAAAGGGGAUUAAAAAAAACAUUGUGCCCUUUAAAGAAAAACCAUUGUGCAAAGUGUGAAAAGGAAAACAGUCAGUGAUGGGAAAAGGGAAAAAAUAUAUAUCUAAAAAAAAAUAUAAAACAAAAUCUGCAUGUUGUG